GAUCAGAUAGCGGCAGUGCAGCUUCGACGCGAGUAGAGCGCGGCUUCGACCCGACCACGCAGCUCGCGUGGAGACGGCUGCCGCGCCAGAAGGUCCCCGACACCACGAGCGACGUGUUCGAGCCCACGGACUCGCGGCCCACGCACAGGAUGUUGGCGAGAUUCUCCGACGGUGAAGUCCUGCAGCUCGAUGACCUGACAGUUGCAGCGUGGACUGGCAUCCAGAAGCAGAAGACCUCGGCCGCGCGGAAGACUAACCAGAUGUGGGGGGACACGGACAGUGCGGGCGUGAGGUACCAGGGCGAGUCCACCGCGAUCGAGACGGCCAAGGGCUGGGCGCGCAAGCUGAUGGAUGGCACGGAGACCGUGGCUUCGAUCAAGGCGAUGAAGGCUGCGAAGGAGCAGGUGCUGCUGGGCGUACAGAGGAAGCCGUCUUCUGCCGACGGCGGCGCACACGACGACGCCAGUGGUUAUGAGGACGGUGACG